GGGUGGCAGCCUCGGCGGACGCGCUGCCGCCGCCGCUCCUCCUCCUCCUCCUCGUCCUGCAGCUCCUCUCGCCGCCGCCGCCUCCUCCUCCGCCGCCGCCGCUUCUACCGCUGCGGCCAGAGAAGUUUCUCUCCCAACCCUCGUGCGGAGCCGCGGCCCGGAGCGCCGCGGGGAGCUCGGCCGGCAGCUGCAGCCGGCAGGCUAGGCGCGGCCAAGUCUGAGACCCCGAGCCGGCGGGGGACGGUGGCACGGGCUGGGGGCUCGGGGCGAAGGAGGGGACCUGAGCCGCGGGAUUUGUCCGGGACCCGCGGGAGCGCCGAGGCCGCCGGCGAGGUCCGUGCCCCGCGCAGCUGCGAUGGCUGUGCGCUCUCGCCGCCCGUGGAUGAGCGUGGCGCUGGGUCUGGUCCUGGGCUUCACCGCCGCGUCCUGGCUCAUCGCCCCCCGGGUGGCCGAGCUGAGCGAGAGGAAGAGGCGCGGCUCCAGCUUGUGCUCCUACUACGGCCGCUCUGCCGCCGGCCCCGGCGCUCAGCAGCCGCUUCUCCAGCCCCAGUCCCGGCCGCGGCAGGAGCAGUCGCCGUCCCCCGCGCCCCAGGAGCUCCAGGGGCCGCAGCUGCCCAAGGCGGCGCCUGGACUUAGCAGUUCUCCGAGCAGUCCCUGGCAGCAACCACCUCCGCUGCAGCAGCGGCGGCGAGGACUGGAGCCCGAGGGUGCGACGGGGCUUCCGGGCGCCCCGGGGGCCGAAGGCGAACCUGAGGAAGAGGACGGGGGCGCGGCUGGCCAGCGGAGAGGUGGCCGGCCCGGGAGCAGUCACAACGGUAGUGGGGAUGGGGGUGCCACUGCCGCGAGCACCCGACCCCGGGACUUCCUCUACGUGGGGGUGAUGACCGCUCAGAAAUACCUGGGCAGCCGCGCGCUGGCGGCGCAGCGGACCUGGGCGCGCUUCAUCCCCGGCCGCGUGGAGUUCUUUUCCAGUCAGCAGCCCCCCAGCGCCGGGCGCGGCCAGUCCUCGCCGCCUCUGCCUGUCAUAGCACUGCCCGGGGUGGAUGACUCCUACCCUCCCCAGAAAAAGUCCUUCAUGAUGAUCAAGUAUAUGCACGACCAUUACCUGGACAAGUACGAGUGGUUCAUGCGCGCCGACGACGAUGUCUACAUUAAAGGUGAUAAAUUAGAGGAGUUUCUUAGGUCCCUGAAUAGCAGCAAGCCUCUGUACCUGGGGCAGACUGGCCUGGGGAAUAUUGAAGAACUUGGAAAGCUAGGCCUGGAGCCCGGGGAGAACUUCUGCAUGGGGGGACCUGGCAUGAUCUUCAGUCGAGAAGUUCUCCGGAGAAUGGUGCCGCAUAUCAGUGAGUGCCUCCGAGAGAUGUAUACAACUCAUGAGGACGUGGAAGUAGGAAGAUGCGUUCGCCGGUUUGGUGGGACUCAGUGCGUCUGGUCUUAUGAGAUGCAACAACUGUUUCAUGAAAAUUAUGAACACAAUCGAAAGGGUUACAUCCAAGACCUCCACAACAGUAAAAUCCAUGCAGCCAUAACACUGCAUCCUAACAAAAGGCCAGCGUACCAGUACAGACUGCAUAAUUACAUGCUCAGCCGAAAAAUUUCUGAACUCCGCUACCGAACCAUCCAGCUCCACAGAGAGAGUGCUCUGAUGAGCAAACUCAGUAACAGUGAAGUAAGCAAAGAGGACCAGCAGCUUGGCGUGAUGCCGUCAUUCAACCACUUUCAGCCUCGAGAGAGAAAUGAAGUGAUAGAGUGGGAAUUCCUGACGGGCAAGCUCCUCUACUCAGCUGCUGAGAACCAGCCUCCUCGGCAGAGCAUCAGUAGCGUUCUCAGGACAGCCCUGGAUGACACUGUGCUGCAGGUGAUGGAGAUGAUCAAUGAGAAUGCCAAAAGUAGAGGAAGGCUCAUUGACUUCAAAGAAAUUCAGUAUGGCUAUCGCAGGGUUGAUCCCCUGUAUGGGGUGGAGUACAUUUUGGAUUUACUACUCCUAUAUAAGAGGCACAAAGGAAGGAAGCUGACUGUGCCAGUGAGACGCCAUGCCUAUCUUCAGCAGAUGUUCAGCAAGCCUUUCUUCAAAGAAAUGGAAGAGCUUGAUGUCAACAGUCUUGUGGAAAGUAUUAACAGUGACACUCAGUCAUUCUCCUUCAUAUCUAAUUCUUUAAAGAUACUGUCUUCUCUUCAAGGCUCCAGAGAAAUGGAAGGACAUAGUGAAAAGAAAAUACACAUUCUUGUCCCCCUCAUUGGAAGGUAUGACAUUUUCUUGAGAUUCAUGGAGAACUUUGAAAACACAUGUCUUAUCCCAAAGCAGAAUACAAAGUUGGUCAUCAUUCUUUUCAGCCAGGAUUCUGGCCAAGAUUCCAACAAGCACAUUGAGCUGAUAAAAGAAUAUCAAAACAAGUACCCCACUGCAGAAAUGACCCUGAUUCCUAUGAAGGGGGAGUUUUCCAGAGGCCUUGGACUUGAAAUGGCUUCUUCCCAGUUUGACAAUGAUACUUUGCUGCUAUUUUGUGAUGUUGACUUGAUCUUCAGAGGAGAUUUUCUCCAACGAUGUAGAGAUAAUACAAUUCAGGGACAACAAGUGUACUAUCCCAUCAUCUUUAGCCAGUAUGACCCGAAGGUAACCAAUGGGGGAAAUCCUCACACUGCUGAUGACUUUGUGUUCUCAAAGAAGACUGGAUUUUGGAGAGACUAUGGCUAUGGAAUCACUUGUAUUUAUAAAAGUGAUCUUCUGGGUACAGGUGGAUUUGAUACCUCAAUACAAGGCUGGGGUCUGGAAGAUGUAGAUCUGUACAACAAAGUUAUUGCAUCUGGCUUAAGGCCUUUCAGAAGUCAAGAAGUAGGAGUGGUGCAUAUUUUCCAUCCAGUUCAUUGUGACCCUAACUUGGACCCUAAGCAGUACAAAAUGUGCUUGGGAUCUAAAGCAAGUACUUUUGCCUCAACCAUGCAACUGGCAGAACUCUGGUUAGAAAAACAUUUGGGUGUCAGGUACAAUCGAACUCUCUCCUGACACUCCAGGCAACAAAGAUUGCCUUUUUAAAGGGGAGUUUACCUCAUUGUUUAUUGUUAUUUUUAUUUUAUUAUUGUUAUUGUUAUUGUUAUAACUUUAUUUUGUUAUCAUGGUCUUAAACUACUCUUGGUUGUCUUCCAAGUGGUGUUUCUUUGACCUCAAGAAAGAAGAACCUGCCGUUCACUGAUAUUUCAGAGUUCUACUGAAGUCAAUAUGUGCAUUACUUUUAUAUAUCUUUAUUUGAAAUUAAGUUAAAACAUGGCAAUCAAAUGACUUCUGAAGCUCAUUCAUCACAAGAGACAGCUUAGAAGAAUGUUCUCUUAGGGCUUAAAGAUGCAAUAUCGACUCUUAUUUUGUUUGUCAAAUUCAAUGUGAUACAAAUAUUUACUGGUGAAAGGUACCACAAAAGUGCUUUAUGCUUCCUAUGGGGAAGGGACUCUGUAACAUAAACUUGAGUUUUGUAAUUUAUACAAGGACUUAAAUAUAUAGACAAUAAUUUUCUUCAUCUUUAGAAUUUUUAAAGUAAAUGAACACCUACGAUUGUAUGUUUAUUUUUUAAAAAAAAGUUUUAAAACUUGAGGAGUUUUGUUCCACAAGCAACCGGUACUGGCUACCCUGGUCUUACGACGUUAUGAACUCCUCGUCACUGCUAUAAAUGCGAAUGAACUUUAUUUUCUCAAGGAAAUAUGAUUUAAUUAAAUAUUCAUGUACAUUUUAGAAGCUUUAUGAAACAAUGUCCUUCAUUUGCUGGCAAGAAGAUAAAAUAUGACAGAACCUGUUUAUUUAUAAUAAAAUACAGGUAUAGCAGUAUUCUUUUUCAAAAGCACUGAA